AUGGACCUCAUAGAUGGGCAUGUCAUGUUUGCUGUGCUGAUAUUAUCAGACAAUUCAUUGAUUUUGACUGGUCCAAAGAGAGGACUUGCGCUCUGCGGUUCGCUAUUCUUUGAAAUCGAUCUGAAGGUUAAGGAUGUGCAUGGGAGGGAGGUCAAGGAUGAAAGGCUCAGCAAACGGAAAGUAGUGGCUACUCUCAGUACACCCGAGAGUAGAAAAUCCAGUAGCAAAGGCACGCUGGUUGUUAAUGGCAUCACAAGACAGGCAUCAAACUUCGAAUAUGGGGUUGAAAAAAACACGCUUGUCAGCAUGCACAGCACAUUGGAGAUGAACUUUGCAUUCGUUAGGGACGCCGUGGAGGGCACGGUUGAGAUCAGGAUCCUUGAGGGGCUUGUUGAUUUCCAUGGUAAGAUCAUUGCUACCACCACCAGAGUUCCAUGUGAAAUUGUGCUACAUGAUAGCAGAGUGAAUGGCUUGCUCACUGCCGGCGAUGAUCAAGUCAUGCGAACAGCGCGCCGCGUGGUAUGUCUAUCUGCAGGUGAGAUGCUCUUGGUGACUGUUGCUCCUGAAGGUGGCGAUGAGCUCUCUUGCCACACUGUUAGUUUUGCUUCAAGGCUCAACGGUUGUGCCGCCGAGAACAUGGUGUGUGGUAACUAUAAGAUGCAAGUGAAGGUCACUUGGUCGAUUGUGGUGUAAUUCCUGGUUUACUAGUUGUGGUAGGUCAGGUUUUAGAGAGUAUCCCUGGAUGAUUUGCAGCAUCAUCACUGUCGAAAAAGCACGUCCGGGUAAUGAAUGUAGUCCUUUCAUGGAAUCUGGAAAGCUGAAGAUCAUAUAUGACCAUGGUUUAAUUGGGACAACCCAUAACUGGUAAGAUUGUUGUGUUAUACCUUCUGUCCUACUCUACUUCCCAUCUAUUCAUUUCAGAUUCGAUUGUUUCAGCGCUGACCAGUGACUGUAUACUUAAAUUCUUAGAAUCUUUGAUA